GGAGGCGAGGGGCUGGCGCUGCGGUCAGCUGAGCGGCGCCGGGCGGGUCGCGAGGCUGAGCGUAAGCCCCCGAGCCUCGCCGCUCCGAUCGCCGCCCUCGGCAGAUCUGCCGGCCGGCGUCCGCAUCCGGGCCUGGAGCUCUCCUCCAGGGGCACCAUGCCUAGGGGUCAGUGACACUGAGAGAAGCCGAUCGAGGGCGGCGGGUGAGCUGGGGAACAGCUACCAUGUCCCACCAGCCUCUCAGCUGCCUGACUGAAAAGGGGGACAGUCCCAUUGAGACCACAGGAAAUGGACCCCCCAUUCUGUCUCACCCCAGCCUGGACACAUUCACCCCAGAGGAGCUGCUGCAGCAGAUGAAGGAGCUCCUGGUUGAGAACCACCAGCUGAAAGAGGCCAUGAAGCUAAAUAAUCAAGCUAUGAAAGGGCGAUUUGAGGAGCUUUCAGCCUGGACAGAGAAACAGAAGGAAGAACGCCAGUUUUUUGAAAUACAGAGCAAAGAAGCCAAAGAGCGCCUGAUGGCCUUGAGUCAUGAAAAUGAAAAAUUGAAGGAAGAGCUUGGAAAACUAAAAGGGAAGUCAGAAAGAUCAUUUGAGGACCCCACUGGUGACUCCAGGCUUCCUAAGAUGUUAGCAGAGCAGGAAGUGGAACAGCUGAAGACCCAGGUGGCACGCCUUCAGGCAGAAAAGGCAGACCUGCUGGGCAUCGUUUCUGAAUUACAGCUGAAGCUAACUGCCAGCGGCUCUUCAGAAGACUCCUUUGUUGAAAUCAGGAUGGCUGAAGGAGAAGCAGAUGGAACAUUAAAGGAAAUCAAGAAUAGUCUUGGGCCCACAAGAACAGACUCCAUUGACACGAGCAAAUCUACCAAAGGUGCCAAGAAUUCUUUGGAAUUUGAAGAAUUAACUGUGAGCCAGCUCCUGCUUUGCCUAAGGGAAGGAAACCAGAAAGUGGACAGACUUGAAACUGCACUCAAAGAAGCCAAAGAAAGAAUUUCAGAUUUUGAAAAGAAAGCAAAUGAUCAUUGUGAAGUUGAUACCCAGACAGAGGGGAACACAGAAAAACAGCAUGAAGAGGAGAAAGGCACAGAGCCUGUUGGAAGUGAAGUGGAAAUGUUGAACCUUCAGGUGACAUCCCUGUUUAAGGAACUUCAAGAGGCUCAUACAAAAUUGAGUGAAGCCGAGCUGAUGAAGAAGAGACUUCAAGAAAAAUGCCAGGCCCUUGAGAGGAAAAAUUCUGCAACCCCAGCAGAGCUGAAUGAAAAACAAGAGCUUAUUUAUAAUAACAAGAAGCUAGAGCUGCAAGUGGAAAGCAUGCGAUCAGAAAUCAAAAUGGAACAAGCUAAAACAGAGGACGGAAAGUCCAAGUUAGCCAUUCUACAGUCAACACACAACAAGCUUCUUCAAGAACAUAAUAAUGCAUUGAAAACAAUUGAGGAACUAAUAAGGAAAGAGUCAGAAAAAGUAGACAGGGCAGUGCUGCAGGAACUAAAUGAAAAGCUGGAACUGGCAGAGAGGGCACUGGCUUCUAAGCAGCUUCAAAUGGAUGAGAUGAAACAGACCAUCGCCAAGCAGGAGGAGGAUCUGGAAACCAUGGGUGUCCUUAGGACUCAGAUGGAGGUUUAUUGUUCUGAUUUUCAUGCUGAAAGAGCAGCAAGAGAGAAGAUUCAUGAAGAAAAGGAGCAACUGGCAUUGCAGCUGGCAAUUUUGCUGAAAGAGAACAAUGCUUUUGAAGAUGGAGGCAGUAGGCAAUCCUUGAUGGAAAUGCAGAGCCGGCAUGGGACAAGAACAAGUGACCCAGACCAGCAGGCUUACCUCAUCCAAAGAGGAGCCGAGGAUAGGAACUGGCGACAACAGCAACCACCGAGUAUUCCAGGUCAUUCUUGCCCCAAGUGUGGAGAAGUUCUGCCUGACAUAGAUACAUUACAGAUUCAUGUGAUGGACUGCAUCAUUUAAGUGUUGAUGUUUCACCUCCCCAAAACUGUUGGUAAAUGUCAGCUUUUUCCUCCAAGACUUGUACUUUUGUCUUAUUUGUUUUCACUCAUAUAUUUUGCCUCAUUAUGCUUGUUUUAGGAGAAAAAAAAAGAUGUAUCAAUUCUAAGAAAACACUUUGUGGAUUUCAAUGUGCUCACAAACUAAAAUCCUUAACCACUA